AUUUUGAUUUUGUGUGCAUCACACAUCGCACUUGAGAUGUUUGAGUUUUCUUCUUCUUCUUCUUUCUUGGGAUACAAAAAGAAAAGAAAAGAAAAAUGUCUUAUUCAAAUUUAGAUUAUAAAACCUGUUUGAAUGUUCAAAUUUGUUAUAUCAAUCGUUUUGAAAGUCUUUAUCGAAAUUGUAAACGAAAGAAUUGCAUCAAUCGUAGUGAAAAACGAUCAUUUCGAAAUUGUAUUGAUAAACUUCGCCAAAUUCAUCAAGUAUUAUUGAUGAAAUUUAAUUUAUCCAAUAAUUUCAUUAACAAUAGUUUCGAAUCAAAAGUUAAUGAAUUAAUUGAAUUGUAUGGUUUGAAAUUGGUCGAUAACAAUGCUCAUUCUUAUUAUAACAAUGGCGUUAGCAAUGAUAAUGAUGAUAAUAAAGAUUAUGAUCGAAACAGCAAGACCUUUGAAGAACAAAAUUCUUUAUCGUCGAAUGAUGAUUUUGGCCAAAUUCAACGUGAACCUCCCGUGCCGGAUAGGCAUACUCUUUUUAAAUUAUUUCGUCAAUUGACAAAUCAAAAACACUUUUGUCCAGCCUGUUUUUAUAUUGGACAUAAAUUUCGUCAUUCAUUUCACCUAUGUAGACAUGUUAAUUAUGCUUAUAAAUUAUACAAGCAAACAGAACAAGAAUCUAUUUCGAGUGAUAUUUCAUCAAGAUCCGAUUCCGGUUUUGAAACUGUUUCCGAUAGUGAUGGUAAUUCGUUAUCAUUGAAUUCAAUAAAAGCGCCUUUAGUUGAAAAAAAUCGAAUACAAACGAAAAUUAUACGUCCAAAACCGAUUCUAGAAUACCGUAACUCGAAUCUCAAUUCAUGGGAAAUUGAAUGUUCAUCAUCAUCCUUACUCAAAUCAAUGAAUGAUUUAAACCUAUUGAACGCCUCUAAUAUUAAAUGGACAGAAAAAAUUACUACACCUGCACCACUUUCAUCAUCAUCAUCAUCAUUACCGAAUAUUUCGAUAAAACCAACAACUUUUAUUGUAAAUUUGAUUAGUAAAUGUCGAAAUCAAAUCAAAUCAUCAAUCGUUGCCAUGUUGAAUUUUGAUAUCAAUUCAAAUUAUAUUCUUAAAAGUUUUCUCGAUAAAUUGGAAAAUUUUAAUUUUGGUGAAAUAACAUUGGAUCCAUUGCCCAAAUAUAUAGCCAAACGAAAUAUUUAUAAAAGAAUCGGUAUCCUAACAAUCGAAACUGGUAUUGGUUUUUUUCAUAAACCAAUAACAUUUAUCAUUUUGGAUGGCGAUGAUAAACGUUCGAAUGUUGAUGGUAUUGAUGAUAUUUCUCGAAAUUUGCAUCAUUUCGGGAUAGUUAUUUCAUCAGAAGAAUUGCCUAAUUUUUUCAUCGAUAUACCGAAAAAAACAUCAUCGGAUCAAAAUCAAUCGACUACAAUUGAUUUGAAGCAAUCGAUAAAGAUGUUUGAUUUUUCACGUUCUUCAAAAGAUUUGUUUAAUGAUGGUCAGGUUUCAUUACCAUCAUUCACUUCUUCGAUAUUGUCAAAAUCACUGCCCAAUGCUACAGUAGAAUCAGAAAAAGAAGUCAUUUUUGGUUCUGUUAUUCGUUAUAAAGUUAAGCCAAUGAUUCCUAUAUCUAAUCCUUGGAUGAAAAAAUUAUUUAUGACUGGAAUUAUUUCAUCCAUUCAUCAAUCUGGCCAUGAUCAUCGUUCAUUAUUGCCUAUGAAGAUUAGCAUUCGAAAUUCAUCGAUCAAAACUGAUACCGAUAAUUUUUGUGUCGAUUCAAAUAUGAAAAUUUAUUAUCAUUUUGAAACGGCAAUAGCUGAUGGAUUAAUUUCGAUCGAUCAACAAACAAAUCAUGUUGCUCGAUAUAAUGAUGUUAUCAUUUAUUAUAUCAAUGGUGAAUAUCGACAAACAGUGAUUGAAAAGGUUCGAAAACCGAAUGAUGAACAAUUAACCUAUCAUUCACUAAUGAUUAAAUUUCAGCCAUCCAAAUUUAUAAUCAUCAUAAAGAUUAAUACAUUUGAUGGUGAUAAUGAUGAUUUACGUUUAUCGUUAGCCAACUAUAUCCGUAUGAAUGUGAAUCCAAUGUAGUAAUGUUCAUAACCAAUAACAAUACAAUAUCCUAUCACAUCUUAUAAAAAUGAAUUUAACAAUACUCUAUAUUUC